GAGACAAAACUUCUGGUUCAUGUAAAUCUAAUCGAAGAAAGCAUUGGAAUUAUUAGCUGCAAAAGAGAGUAUUAUAAAUAUUAGUGGUAGCAAAGACAUAUGGGAGCAGUAAAGAAGAUCUGGAACGCCAUGGAAGUAGCAGAUGGAGCUCCCAACACCAAAUUUGCAUCUACGCCCCUCACCGUCGAUCAUACUCUCUCUAUUCCCCACAUGAAACCUCAAAUCGUAGAACUGUGCAAGGACUUGUUUAACCGAUGGUCAUGUCUGGAUGAUUCUCACUUCUCUGUUGAGACGGUGUCUGGUGGCAUCACAAAUUUAUUGCUAAAAGUAUCUGUAAGAGAAGAUGAUGGAAAGAAUGAAAGUAUGACAGUUAGGUUAUAUGGUCCUAAUACUGAAUGUGUCAUUAACCGUGAACGAGAACUGCAGGCAAUUCAAUACCUCUCAGCGGCUGGGUUUGGUGCCAAGUUGCUUGGAGUAUUUGGGAAUGGCAUUGUUCAGUCAUUUAUUGAUGCACGCACUUUAACACCCUCAGACUUGAGAAACCCCAAGCUUGCUACUGAAAUUGCAAAGCAACUUCGAAAGUUCCAUCAGGUGGAAAUUCCGGGCUCGAAAGAACCUCAAGUAUGGAAUGAUGUGCUCAGGUUCUUCAUGAAAGCAUCAACUCUCCAAUUUGAUGAUGGUGAGAAGAAGAUAAAGUAUGAGACAAUUUUAUUCCAGGAAGUUCAUAAUGAAAUCAUAGAACUCAAGGAAUUGACGGACCGUCUUAAUGCCCCGGUGGUGUUUGCGCACAAUGACUUACUCUCUGGUAAUCUGAUGCUUAAUGAGGAUAAAGGAAAGCUGUAUUUCAUUGAUUUUGAGUAUGGAUCUUACAAUUAUAGGGGUUUUGACAUAGGGAAUCACUUCAAUGAAUAUGCUGGCUAUGAUUGUGAUUACAGCUUAUAUCCAAGUAAGGAUGAGCAGUUUCAUUUCUUCAGGCACUAUUUGGAUUCUGACCAACCGAAUGAGGUAUCUGACAAGGACCUUGAUGCCUUAUAUGUCGAGAGCAGUAGUUACAUGCUAGCUUCACAUCUAUACUGGGCUCUCUGGGCUUUGAUCCAGGCGAAAAUGUCACCUAUCGAUUUCGAUUACAUCAGUUAUUUCUUCAUGCGCUAUAAUGAGUACAAGAAGCAGAAGGAGAACUGUUUCGCUUUAGCAAAGUCAUAUCUCUCAAAACCCGAGCUAGGUGAAAGAUUCAUUUAGCACAGUUCCAGAAACUCUUAAAAGUUAUCAAUUGAAAUUGACACGGAUAUUAAGAUUUUAUUAGUUGCAAACAGAAAAUUGUUGCUGUUGUAACCUCGUCGGACAAUGCAAUAAUAGUUCUUUGUCGUUUUCUUUUUCUGCCAAAGGCAUGUAGAAGUAUCGUUUGUGAUGGUAAAAUUUAUUGUUUGAACAUAA